AUGUACAUCUCCAUUGUUGGUGAGGUCGGUCUGCUCGAUGCUGGCGAUCUGGAGGGGGUAGCCAACACCCGCUGGAUGCGGUUCAGCACAAUGAACCCAAGCGCGUUCGAUCGAGAUGUCUCGAGCCACCACAGUGAACCGCGAGCCUCUUCAAAGCCUCAAUCAGACAUUCGGCCAUUAUCGCACCCCGAAGAACUCUUGCAAUACCCCAUCGAGCACAAGCUAGCAAUCCCCGAAGAACUCAAAUCUUGCAACACCAGGAAGACCGAUAAUACAUUCGCUCGGGUUGUAGUCUACAAGAGCCUCGAGACGGUCGAGGAGGAGGCUGUGUGGAACGCGGAGGAGCACGAUGCCGUGGACUAG